AUGAGCGCCUUCUUCGACUUCGAGACUGUCGCCUAUGUGCUUCUGCUUGUCGUAUGCACCGCGACGUACUUGCGGCAGUAUCGCCCCACAAUUUUUCACCGCGACCAUAAAGAGUUGCACCGCAAGUUCCUCUACAAGUGCAGUGUGGUCGGAGAUCGCCUGUCAGUAUGGGUGGCGUUUGGCUGUGUUGUGAUUGCGUUGCGUAUGCUGUUUGUCUACUGA